AUACAUCAAAAACGGCAGCAUAUAAAUACAGCGGUAGCUUAGCCACUUGUCUCAUAUUUUUAAUUCAAAAAAUUCAUGAAAAUUGAUAUUAAGGACCUGCAUUCAGUGCGCCUUUAAAAUGAAAUGUAUUAAACUGAAUAAUGGCUAUGAAAUUCCCAUCAUCGGAUUCGGCACUUACAAGUCGACCGAAGGUGAGGCCUACAAAAUUGUAAAGAAGGCGAUCGACGUCGGUUAUCGCCACUUCGACUGCGCGCACUUCUACGAGAACGAGGAUGAAAUCGGAGCGGCAUUCUCGGAGAAGAUCGCGGAUGGCACAGUGCGGCGCGAUGAUUUGUACAUCACGACGAAACUGUGGAACAACUUUCACGCCAAAGAGCUGAUCAUGCCGAUGCUAAAAAGUCAGCUGAAGAGCUUGCAAUUGGACUACGUCGAUCUCUAUCUCGUCCACUGGCCCUUUGGUUUCAAGAAAGACGCGGGUCUGUGGCCCAUCGACCAAGGUUCCGAGGCGUACAGCGACAUCGACUACCUGGAGACCUGGGAGGGCAUGGAAGAGUGCGUUCGUCAAGGUUUAGCGCGCAGCAUCGGCAUAUCGAACUUUAACACGGAACAAAUCGCGCGACUGCUGAACGUCGCGAAAAUUAAACCCGCCGUCAACCAAAUCGAAGUUAACCCCAACAUUAACCAGAAGAAGCUGAUUCGGUUUUGCAAGGACCGAGAUAUCGUCGUCACUGGGUACUGCCCUCUCGGCCGAAUGUACGCGUACGGUUCACAGGACAUACCGAAACCGACACUGCUCGACGAUCGGGUAAUCGCCAUCGGUGCUAAGUACAAGAAGACGGCUGCCCAAAUCAUUCUUCGUUAUCUGGUCGAUUUGGGAAUCACCCUCGUUCCAAAAUCGACGAAGCGAGAGCGGAUGAUCGAGAACUUGAACGUGUUCGAUUUCGAGCUGGAACCGUCGGACGUCGAGUACUUGGACUUGCUCGACAGGCACGUGCGGAUAAUCAUCUUCGAUGAGUUCAAGGAUCACAAAUACUAUCCCUUCAAUAUCGAAUAUUGAAAUACAAGCUUAUGUUGUUCAUUAUA